GGGCGAGCGGCGGCGGACACGGCCAGUCGUUCGUGAGCCGGGGCUCGGAGCGGAGGAGAACGCGCAGCGCUGCCUAGUGGGAUUCUCAGAUGGAGCUGCUGGGAAUAAAGUUUGCACCAUUGUUCGUGCCACUGGAGCGGCGCCUGCAGACAUUGGCAGCUCUAAUGUGGAUUGUGAUUCUGCCAUUUGGCGGCUUAAUGUCAUGGCUGUUGCUAGUCUACUUAGUCCUGUAUACACGCCUGCGCUACAUUGCACUUGCCUACGCUGCCUGGUGUGCCUAUGACUGGGAGGUCUGCCGUCGCGGUGGUCGCAGGUUACAAUGGGCACGGCGAUGGCUGUGGUGGCGCUACUUUAGGGACUUCUUUCCAUUACGCCUUGAACGUAUUGAACCAUUGGAUCCAAAUCGCAAUUACCUGUUCUGUGCGUUUCCACAUGGUGUGCUGAGUGCAGGGGUUUUUGGCUGCUUCUCCACCGAUUAUAUGGGGUGGGACAAACUUUUCCCAGGAAUUACUGUUUAUCCUCUUACACUGGAACAACAUUUCAAGGUUCCUUUCUUCAGAGAGCUCUGCUUAUCCUUAGGUGGAUGUUCUGCUUCUGCAGAAAGCAUUGGGUAUCUUAUGGACAAACCGGGAGGAGGAAAUGCUGCUGUGUUAAUUGUGGGUGGUGCAUCUGAAGCACUGAAAUGCAAACCUCGCACAUAUCGAGUAAUUCUGAAGCGACGACGUGGUUUCAUCAGGCUAGCACUGAAACAUGGUUGUCCACUGGUUCCUGUUAUCUCAUUUGGGGAGACUGAUCUCUAUGAUCAACUAGAAGGUACAAGACUUCUGAAAUUCCAGCACUUUUGCCGCAAGAUUACUGGAAUGGCACCAGUGCUUCCAAUUGGUCGUGGUUUGUUUCAGUACUCCUUCGGUAUUGUACCUCGUAGGAAUCCUGUUACUACUGUUGUUGGCUCACCAAUUGAAGUGAAGAAAGUUGAAGACCCGACACAGGAACAAAUCACUGAGCUCCACAAUAAAUUCUCUGAAGAACUUGUAAACUUUUUUGAGAAGUACAAGCACAAAUACAUUUCAGAUGCAGACAAUGUACAUUUAGAAAUUGAAGAAUAACUAUCUUAGUUGUCAGCAGAGCAUAUGACUCUGUUUUAUACAUCACUUCCAAUUGUCUGUCGUUUACAGUAUUGGAUAAUAUGCAUUUGAUUUUUUCUUGUAAUAUGAAUGCAUUCACAUUCCUGCAUUCAGUUAAUAGGAAAAGGACCACUGUUACUCCUGUUUAAAUAUGCCAGAAAUUGUACAAAUUAUUGUAAGUCAUUUUGCUCAAUGAAAUUAUUUAGUGUGUGUGU